AUGACGAAAUCAACUGUAUGGAAUGAUGGUACUGUGGCCACAGAGGAGUUCACAAGGGCCACUGGUCAGGCUCCUGGUGCGAUAGAGGGGGAAACACUCAAACAUUGUGUUAGUAUUAGCAGACAAUUGGUGAUAAUGUCAGGGAGUGUCGCAUCUCCAGCAGAACACGCCGGCGCGAGAAGUUCUAUAACGAACGACCAAGCAGCCCAAAAACAUCCAUGGCGCUUCUGGGCAAUUACCAUUGCCCUCUCUCUUACUGGUCUUCUAUCGACCAUCGAAGGGACCAUUAUCACCAGCGCGUUACCAACAAUAACGAAAGCCUUUGGAGGAUCAAGUGCCUACAUAUGGGUUCCCAAUGCGUACUUCUUAGCCUCGCUGGCAAUCUUGCCACUGGUUGCUCAGGCCAGUGACAUCUUUGGCCGUCGUUCGCUUCUUCUUAUGGCUGUGGCAUUGUUCAUACUCGGCAGUGGCCUAUGUGGUGGUGCCACAUCGAUGCGGAUGCUGAUUGCCGCUCGUACUGUACAGGGUCUUGGGGGAGGAGCAAUAGCUCUAUUGAUCAAUACUGUCGUUACUGAUCUGGUACCACUACGAGAGCGUGGGAAGUACAUGGCUUGGAUUCAAAUGACUGCAACCAUCGGAGCUGCUCUUGGGCCAUUUCUCGGUGGUCUCAUCACUGAUCACUCGACGUGGCGCUGGGUUUUCUAUCUUAAUAUACCUAUUGGGGGUGGUAAGGACCGAGCCCGUAUAUUAUCAUGUCAACACACGCUCACCAGGAAAACAGCUGCCUUUGUGGCUCUAUUUCUAUUUCUCCAUUUGAACUACGAGCGUGAUCAAACCUGGAAACAGCGAUUAGCGCGGCUUGACAUAGCAGGAAAUGCUAUAUUUAUCGCUGCCAUUAUUGCUGUUCUUAUUGCACUGACUUGGGGAGGCACCAUAUAUGACUGGGGAACGUAUCAUAUCGUUGUUCCAAUUGUCCUUGGCUUCGUCGGAAUCGGUCUCUUCAUCACGUUUGAAUGGACCAUUAGCAAGGAGCCAUCAUUCCCGCGCAGCACCGUGUCCAAUCGAACAUCUAUUGCUGCAUUGAUAUUAUGUUUCACGCAUUCGAUUUGUGUAUAUUGGACAUUUUACUUCCUACCUAUCUAUUUUCAAGCUGUUCGAGGGGUAUCAGCAAUGCGAUCAGGUAUCAACACGUUGCCGGUCUUCGCUGGCAUCCUCCCGUUCGCGAUUUUAGGAGGUAUACUCUUAUCCAAGCUCGGUCGCUACAAGCCCCUCCACUUCCUCGGUUUCAUUCCUCUCACAAUCGCUAUGAGUCUGUUCAGCCUACUCAAUGCAAAUUCUAGUACGGCUGCUUGGGUAUGCUUCCAGCUUCUCUUCUCAGUCGGUGCUGGUCUACUGUCUGGAAUUACCCUCCCAGCCAUGCAAGCUCCCUUAGAUGAAAGCCUGGUCGCAGUAACUACAGGCGUCUGGAGCUUUGCCCGGGGCUUUGGCAGCGUAUGGGGCGUCACGAUCCCUAGCGCCAUAUACAACAACGAAUGUCGGAAGAAUGCAAGGAGUAUCACGGAUCCUGCCAUAGCUCAUUAUCUGACGGGUGGUCGUGCAUACGAAUAUUCCACAAAGGCAUUUUUAGACAGUAUCCAGGACCCUGCUUCCCGAGAACAGGUUGUUCAGGUCUUUCAGAAGUCACUUCGUACAGUUUGGCUCGUGGCGAUAGCCUUUGCCGGCUUGGGAUUGUUGGUAACGCUUGUUGAAAGGGAAGUCAAGCUCCGGGAUAAGCUUAAUACCAAGUUUGGCUUGGAUGAGAAGGGUGGUGAUGAGUCGUCAGACAAGACACACCUAUCGUCAAAUUGGACAGAGCGUACUCAUCUUUGCAGUUCAUUGUGUAGCUUCCUUGUUUGA